AUUGAUAUAGUGUGUACUUUUCAAUAGAUAGUCAAAGCUGAAAUAACGAAUCUUUUCUUAACUAAGAUUUAAACCGUUCAAGUGUCAGAUAAAGAUUUGUGUGAAUACAUAGCACACUUUACAAUCAAUAUAGUGACAAAAGAGGCGAAAGUGAUAACAAUGGACGAUCUUGUACGACCCGACCUACAGAAUUAUUCUCCAGCGUCAAAUCUGUCUUUAAAUGAAGAAAUUCAGAAAAGAUUAGCUGCAGGAGAAACUAUAUACCACUUUGCUUUCGGUCAGUCACCAUUUCCUGUCAUUGAAACAGCGGUUGAGGCCCUAAAGGAGUAUGCAGGAGAAAAUGCUUAUUUACCAGUUGCAGGAACAUUGGAACUCCGUCAAUCGAUAGCAAAAUUCCAUAAACACUUCGAAGAUUUAGAUAUUGACCCAGACAAUAUUAUCGUUGCGCCUGGAAGUAAAGAACUAAUAUUUCUCCUGCUACAAAUAUUUAACGGAGACGUAUUGAUAAUAUCGCCGUCUUGGACAACAUACCAUCCCCAAGCAAAACUGUCUUACCAUAACCCAAUCAUUGUGAACACAACACUAGACAAAGAAUGGAAGAUAACGCCAGAGGAUAUCGAAAAGGUCGUUAGAGAGAAUGAAAUCCACAAAAACAGAAUAAUCAUUAUGAAUAAUCCAGAUAAUCCAUCAGGAACCAGUUAUACAAGAGAAGAACUUAAGAAAUUAAGUGAUUGUUUUCGUCUAAACAACAUACUUGUGUUGAGUGAUGAGAUAUACGGUCGACUUCAUUAUGAUCAAGAUCACACCUCCAUUUUAAAGUAUUAUCCUGAGGGUACAAUAUUAAGUACUGGGUUGUCUAAAUGGGCCAGUGCUGGAGGAUGGCGAGUUGGUUACCAUGUUUUCCCUACAGAGCUUUCAUCCUUAAAGAAAGCUGUACGUAGUGCUGCCAGCCAUACAUACAGCUGCUGUCCAGCUCCAAUGCAGUAUGCUAUUACAAAGAUGUUUCAAGAUCUUGAUGCAAUAGACAGUUACACGAAGCAUUGUUCAAGGAUUAUGAUGACAGUAGGGAACUAUUGUCAAAGGGAAUUAACAUCUGUUGGUGUGAGAUGUGUCGUGCCUAAAAGUGGAUACUACAUAUUUCCUGAUUUUGAAAUUAUGAGAGCUAUGUUGAACAAACGUGGAAUUGCGACAUGUGAACAGAUGUGUAAAGCUAUGACAGCCGAAUGUUCCGUUGUGGUAAUGGCUGGCGGUCCCGCUUUUCUGAGACCAGUCGAAGAGCUGACGACAAGACUUUGCUAUGUACCAUUUGAUGGAAAAGGAGCGUUACAUGCUAGUAGAAAAUUAGGUCUGGACAAACCACUUUCGGAAACGUUUGUGCAAGAGUAUUGCAAACCUGUUUAUGAUGGAAUACAAGCUUUAACGACCUGGGUUAUGAAACAUACUGAACAACAAGUAAACAAUAUACGAUAAUCCAUUUCGUAUUUCCUUUAAGUUAUUCCGAUUAAACAUUGUUUCUGCUAGAAGAAGGAUUAAUCAAAACAAUAACGAGAUGUUUAUAUUUAUAUAUUUGCUUUAGUUUACAUUUGGAAUUUAUGAAAUAAAUAUUCGAAGCGUU